AUGGUGUUUUGGAACUGACAGAGAAGUUUGAAAUGCUAAGGGAAGAUUUCAGAAGGAAACUUCAGAGGAAACCUAAGUUUGCAGGGAAAGUGGUGGUCUAACUUGGAGCUGUGUUGCUGUGAUUAGAUCUGCAAUUUAACAGCAGGCCCUCAUAUUGCUUUUUCCUGAUAUCUGUGCACCGCAGAGUAUGGCUUCCAUUUUACCUGCUUCUGAUAGAUCCACGAGACCUGACAAGAAUACAUAUGAGGGAAAAAGAUCUGUAUAUGUUAAGAAUCCUUACCUGGAUGCUAUGGAUGAAGACAUCCUCUACCACUUGGAUUUAGGAACCAAAACACACAACCUUCCAGCAAUGUUUGGGGAUGUAAAGUUCGUCUGUGUCGGCGGGAGCCCCAACAGAAUGAAAGCGUUUGCACAGUUUAUGCACAAGGAACUCCAGCUGGAGGGAGAUGGAGACAACAUUGAAGACAUCUGUGCAGGAACGGACAGAUAUUGCAUGUUCAAGACCGGCCCUGUGCUUUCCAUCAGUCAUGGGAUGGGCAUCCCCUCCAUUUCUAUUAUGCUCCACGAACUCAUCAAAUUACUCCACCAUGCACGCUGCUGUGACGUCACCAUCAUCCGAAUCGGAACGUCAGGGGGAAUUGGGAUUGCCCCCGGGUCUGUUGUGAUAACAGAUACAGCUGUAGACUCCUUCUUCAAGCCUCGGUUUGAGCAGGUAAUCCUGGACAACGUGGUCACCCGAAACACUGAACUUGACAAAAAACUGGCUACUGACUUGCUCAAUUGUAGCAGAGAAAUCUUCAGCUUCCCAACCCUCAUCGGACACACGAUGUGUACCUACGACUUUUAUGAAGGCCAGGCCCGCCUAGACGGAGCCUUGUGUUCCUUUUCGAGAGAGAAGAAGCUGGACUACUUGAAGCGAGCAUAUAAAGCUGGGGUCAGGAACAUCGAGAUGGAGUCGACGGUGUUCGCGGCCAUGUGUGGCCUGUGCGGUCUGAGAGCUGCCGUGGUCUGUGUGACACUUCUUGACAGACUCGAGAGUGACCAAAUCAAUUUGUCCCACGAUGUCCUGGUGGAGUACCAGCAGCGGCCACAGCGGCUAAUCUCGAAUUUCAUCAAAAAACAGCUUGGACUUUGUGGUCAGAUGUCAUAACUCAGAAUCCCACCCAUCCCCUGUGGGUUGGUAGAUACAGUUGCAAUGCUGAAGCCAUGUAUUGUCUAUAACAUCCUUAUGUAAUUCCCAUUCUUGGACUAAAAUCAGAAAAGAUUUUUAUGAAUCCCUUUAUCUUAAAGUUGGACUUAUUGUAAGAUAAUUUAAUAACCAUGUGAAAUAAAGUUCAAUUUCCAUUUUAGAACCAGUUAACCAAAGCAGUCUAAGAAUUAAUAUUUUAAACUCAUGAAUUGUGCCAUUUGGAGCUUCAUAUGCAGCAUUAAUUAAGCGUACAUCAAAACAGAGCAGCCAUUUGUAGAUGGUUGCCAGUUGCUCGCUGAAGCAGAUCCAGAAGCGUGUGUUAGGAUGUUGUCAGCACUUCGAGGUGUUGGACAAGUGACAAAAAUCAAUUGUGCACAUUCAAAAUAUUUACAAAAAUGUGUCAUUGUAAUAUUGGUCUGCAUGGAAGAAUUAUCCUCAGGGAAAUAUGGCCAUGCCUUUAUUUUUUCUAUCCGUGCAUGAUUUCAGUGCACACAGAAUGGAAUUAGACAUUUUUCAAUGGCUCUAUUUGUGAUUUUCACAGAUUGUAAUGGCUUGAGAUCACACUUUUUUUUUUAAAUGAAACUCUCAGUAAUGUAAAGACCUUUUUGCUUCAGAAAUCAGAAGUGACUAAAUUGCCUUUGAGCAAACUUUAUUUUUUUUUUCCUGUAAGGAAAUAUGUCAUGAGAAAGCUGUAUUUAUUGAUGUUGUUGUUUCAAUAUGAACUGCAGAAAGAGUUAACUAAAUUUAAACCCGAAAUCAAGAUGGCGAACAAAUCCCUCCGCAUAACUUUGAGGCAGGUUUUGUUCUGAGCCUGCGCAUACACCUCCCCUAGUUGACCCUGAGAGGCAACAAGCAGCAGGACGUUACUUUGAAGGUCCUUAUGAACAUUAGGAACUGGAGAGACUGGAUGGGAUAACAGUGAAGGAUGCCUUGCGAAUUUGUAUAAUACGUAAUGUUGUGUAUUUAUAUUUAUAUGGUUGUGGAACAAAUAAAGCUUGGCUCCUACCAAGCUGCAGAGUGUUUGGAUCCAGGACCACACACAGCAAGAAUCCCGGCUGAAAUCGGCAGGCUCCUAGCUUGCUGAGUCUGAACCAGCCUGUGCCUGUGACAGGAAUGGAUUUCUCUUUUAAGCAGCAGCAAUAAAGGAACCCCCACAAGGUG